AUGAAAGUGAUGGAUGGAGAAUUAGUGGCGAAAGAAAUGAUGGAGGAGAUCUGUGGUGAAGUAUCUCGAAUGAAGGAUGCUAUUGGUGUUGCUCCUGGUUUAGCCUUGAUUCGAGUUGGAAAUCUGGGAAGUUUUGAACUUUAUGUCGCAAACGUAAAAAAGGCUUGCGAGUCUGUGGAGUACGAAGCUGUACUGAGUAGUAUUAGCCUCCACAAGGAUGUAGAUGCCUUUAACUCCAUACACUAUGCCCCUCGUGUAUUGAGGAACAUCAGAGGUGUCCAGGCUUUUGCUCCAUGCAUGCCAAAAGGAUGUAUUAAAUUAUUGCAUAAAUAUAGCAUCGACAUCAAAGGAAAGCUGUUGUCAUUGGUCGCAGCUGCGAAAUUGAAGCAAGGCGCGUUGCUUAUUUGCUUCAGUUGUUCCAUCCAACUCCAACUGACUACCUAUCGUCGAAUCAGCCUCUGUGGCCCCAACUCCUAUGGAUAUGUUCAUCUUAAUGACUAUUCUUCUCCACAGUGUUCUACAACCUCUAUUUCUAGCUCUUGGAACUCUGGUUUGUCCAUGUUUUAA